GUCAUGGCGGAAAGACAGAAGGUGAAAGUUCUGCAAAAUUCCACUAAAAAUUGAUAUUUGCUGACUCAAAUAACCUCUAAAACUCUUCGUACAAUGUCUAUCCGCGUUCGGCUAUCUUUUGACGAACUAACUCCAGGGUAUAGCAAGAAAACAUGGUUUCUUUUUGACACAGCGUCUUGUCGUCUUGUGGCUGACUUGGAGCAUUUGAUUCAAAGAAAGUUUGAGUUACAAAAAAAUUCGACUUUAAAUUUGUACAAUGAAGGUUUCCUACUACCGGCACAGGAGAGAAUAGAACUUGUUAGAGAUGGAGACAUUAUAAGGGUUGAGCAACAAGCUAAUUUCUGCAAGAAUAAGAGACAAGCAAAAUGGAAUGCUGAUGAUGAUGAUCUUGCCUCAAAUGUCAAGAUACCGAAGAAACAAAAGCUUGAUGAUGAAUCACAAUUAAGAAUUCAAGAAAAGAAAAAUAAGAAAAUUCCAACGAAAAUUAUUAAGAAACAGGGAAGAAAGUCGGAAAAGGAACCCAUAAAUACAGCUGACAGCAACAGCAAAAGAAAAUCACAAAAUGAUAAAGUAAAGGUUGGAAAACCUUGCAAGAGUAAUAAAAUGGUUCAAAAAGACAAGCAUAAUGCUUUGGCCUUGGAAAGACAUCCCUCUAAGAAUGCUGCUGUUACCAAGAACAGAACUAUGUCAUCAUCAUCAGAAUCAUCAUCAGAAUCAUCUUCAGAGUCAUCUACUUUGUCAUCAGAUGAAGAAAAGUAUUGGGAAAACCUUGCAGGAAAACCUCACAAAGAUUGCACAUCAUCAUCUUCAUCCACUGAGGACUCCAGUGAUGAUGCUUUCAACAAAAACAUCAAGUUUUCAGACAAAAAACUUUUUUCAUCCUCUUCAUCAUCAUCAUCUAGCACACUAUCAUCAUUGUCUGUUGAUUUGAGUGUUGGUAAUCAAAAGGAAAGUCUAAACCUAAUGUCUAAUGAUAAAGGUUUGAGCAAAUAUAUUAAAACCAAAUCCAAGUUUCAUCAAGCAACUACUGCUUCUGAUAAGGGGCAGAAUAAAAUUGUAAAAAAUCUGCCAAAAACUCCACAUCCAUCAAAAAAGGAUGGUUUAAAUUCAAAGACAAAAGAUAAAGUUCUGGACAAGAAUACCAACAACAAAGUGACUGCAUCUUCAUCCUCCAAAGAACUGGUUGAAACUGCCAGAAUUCCAUCCAAAGUUUCUGAGCAAGAAAGACAAAACACUAAUUUGACAAAUGGAAACACAUUCCCAAGAUCAGGAAUAAAUAGAAGCAAGAGUACUUAUACUCAACCACCAAGCAUCAAUAAUAGUCACAUAAGAUUUGACUCAGAUGAAGAGAAUGAAUAUAUUUCAGCUUGUGAAGAAAAUCUUAAUUUACUUGCUCAAAGCCAUGAUAACAAUUCCCAUGAUGCUGCCGCUGAUGGAAAUAACAACACAAAUUGUGCCCAAGGGGACAAUGAAAUACCAUCAAAUAAUGACAGUCAUUCGUUUAAUUACGGUGAGAUGAAAAGAAAAGGGGAUGCAAAAAUAGAUAGUAUGGGACAUGCUGCAGCAGCUAAGAAGACGGCAGUAGACUAUAGCACAUUUGUGUCAUUAUGUGGGCCUCCCAGAGUUGGUGAUAGAAUUGCUUACAAGAUUUUAGAGCUUUCAGCAUCAUACACACCUGAAAUGUCAGAUUAUAAGGAAGGAACCGUUCUUGGAUACAAUCCUGUUACGAAUGAGGUGUUAUUAGAGUUAGCUGAAGAUUCACUUUCAAAACCACUGGGCGAUGGGAAUAUAUCAACAAAAUUUGAACUAAUCUACGAAGAUGACCAUGACGAAAGUGAUGAGAUAAAACCACCUGUCGUUGUAGAUAGAAAG